GUGUGUGUGUGUUAAUGUAGCAUCACCAUGAUUUCAAUUCUUUAAUCCAUCCCACCAUUGAUUUCCUUUAUCAAGAGUCCUGUAGUAUGUCUCUAACAAAUACCCUUGUACAUGUUUAUAUUAUAAUUAAAAUAAAACACAUAUUUCCAUGUCCAUUUGACCUUUUCAUCCAAAUCUUCAUCCCCGAAUUACGUUCCCCACCUGUCCCUUCAAAUUAUCAAAUGUGGCCCUUGAAAACAAACAUUGUCUAUCUUUUGGCUAUAAUUUUUUUUUAAAUAAAAAAUAGAAGGAUUGAAAGACAUACCACGGAUAUAAAUGGUCUAUUACACCAAAUAAUAAGGGGACUAUAUUUUUAUUCAUUAUUACAUGAAUAAAAUUCCACAACGACAGUUUGCCCAAUUUAAGCGCCUUUUUUUUUUUUUUUUAAAUCCUAAUUAUUAUCCUGAUCCGAUUGCUGAAACGUGGGACCAGAUGACAUCAUACCGGAUAACGGUGUCCUUGCCCUACCAUAUAAGGAGAGGGGUCGCUCGGAAGGUUGACGUCACGAUAAAAGGGGGCGUGUCUUACGGGAAAUGAUUCAGGUCUGCUAAGCUCGUCUGGAUACGGUAAAUCCCGAGACUUUGUCAAAGGACGAGAAGAUUCCUGACAACAAGAAAAGGCUGUUGAAAAUGGCUCGAAAUGAAGAGAAGCAACAAGGACGCUUGAACAGACUUUGGCUACAGAAAGAGAGAGAAGAGGGUCGACUAAAAGAUGUCAAGGAGCGAAGACCUAAGCUGUGUACACUUAACUCUUCUUCCUCUGUGAAAAAGUGGAUCCCCAGCAUCAAGAAUGAAAUUGAGUAUUACUUACAGCAAUCCCAACUUGCACAUUACCCCGAGAGGAAGAUAGCUGAGUUCCAGCAGAAGUUGGAGGCCUUGGAACGGGAGUACAAAAGCUUCAUGACCAAGCUACGAGUGCUGGACCCCACCUGCAAGCACAAGCCCUGGACCCCCAGGGCUUAUUGUAAAAGGAGAGCAGAGGCGCAAGAGUCUACCAGUGUUGUCAAGAAGUCCAAAACCUCAACCGCAGUGUUCUGCCAUUUUGAGAGCUGUUUGCCAGCUUCCACCCCGAACACAGACGCGGCCCCCCGAGACCAGGACCAGCCCCUCGCUUUCGACCGCACGCGCCUGGCGAUGGCCGCCGCCGCGUUCAGAGGGGCCUCAGCCGACCGAGGGCUCUCCGAAACGCAGAACCUCGCGAAGGUGCUUCGGCGUUCCUUGCCCAACCUGGGUAACGUGGCGCCAGAGGAGAGUUCUGUCGUCACGCACACCGAAGCCGCCGAUGAGUCGACGCUGAGGGCGGCUGGGAAAUCAUCGCCGGGUCAUGUGCUCGGCCUCGACUGUUACUCUUCUUCUGGGGAGGAUUCAGACACGUGAUCUCACACCAAGGAGGUAUACUUUCCUUUACGCCUUCUUUUUUUUUUUGUCAACAGAAGACCAUGAAAAUGGCUAUUCAUGAAGGAGCUGUUGAAUUGAGUUUAAGAUCUUCAUUUAAAAAAUGAAUGCCAUCGUCUCUCUGGAAUUUACAUGCAAUUCCCGUACAGUGUAAAGGUUUUUGGUCAUCAUGGCGUAUCUGACUUUUGUCAAUUCUGUACAAAUCUGAUUUUGUUUCAUAUCCGAAGCAAGCCGCUGUCAUAUGUGGAUGUAAAUUGUCUGCAGUGAACAAAAUAAGUAUUUGAACACCUGGCUAUAUUGCAAGUUCUGCCAUUUAGAAAUCAUGGAGGGGUCUGAAAUUUUCAUCAUAGGUGCAUGUCCACUGUGAGAGAGAUAAUCUAAAAAGAAACAUCCAGAACUCACAAUGUAUGAUUUUUGUCACGAUUUGUGUGAUACAGCAGCAAAUAUGUAUUUGAACAAUAGAAAGAAAACCAAUGUUAAUAUACAUUUCCUGGAAUUGUUCGCCAGGUUUGUACAGACUGCAGGAGGGAUUUUGGCCCACACAGCUCUUCUCUACAUCAGAAAGGUUUCUUGGCUGUCGCUGAGAAACACGGACUUUCAGCUCCCUCCAAAGAUUUUCUAUUGGGUUUAGGUCUGGAGACUGGCUAGACCACGCCAGAACCUUGCAACAGUCACCUUGGAAACGGUGGUCCCAGGUCUUUUUCAGGUCAUUGACCAAGUCCUGUCGUGUCGUCCUGGGCUGAUUCCUCACCUUUCUCAGGAUCAUUGAGACCCCACGAGGUGAUAUCUUGCAAGGAUCUCCACUCAGAUUUUUUUAGCUUCUUCCAUUUUCUAAUGAUUGCUCCAACAGUGGACCUUUUUUCACCAAGUUGCUUGGCAAUUUCUCCUUAGCCCUUUCCAGCCGUGUAGGGUUGUAUAAUUUUGUCUCUGGUGUCUUUGGACAGCUCUUUGGUCUUGGCCAUGUUACAAGUUUGAGUCUUACUGAUUGUAUGGCGUGGACAGGUGUCUUUAUGCAGCUAACAACCUCACACAGGUCCAUCUGAUUCAGGAUGAUACAUGGAGUUGAGGUGGACUUUUAAAGGCGGACUAACAGGUCUUUGAGGGUCAGAAUUCUGGCUGUUUGACAGGUGUUCAAAUACUUAUUUGCAGCUGUAUCACACAAAUAUAUCAUUAAAAAAAUCAUACAUUG